UAAGAGUGUGUUCGCCUUGUAAUAUAGCUAUCUCAAAUGACGAUAGUCAUACUGAACAAGACCUUUGAGACAAGCAAACAUUGCUUGAAAUUGUUCAUAUUAAAUUAUUUAAAAGAUGUGUUAAAAUGGGUGUAAAAACUCCAAAAGUGUUAAAAGUGGUUUCUGGUUGGGAGGCAGUGGAAUUGGUGGUCAAAUGUAUAUUUAUUGGACUGUGGCAGAUUUUACAGAUUCUAGUGAAAAGGUUAUGGAAAGGACAUAGAAGAAAAUCUAUGAAGAAGUAUCCGUCUGUUGAAUUGACAGUGGAUUCUUCUAUAGGAACGCACUGUUAUAUUAAAGUUAUGGGUGUAAAAUAUCACUACGUGGAGAGCGGUCCGAAAUCCGGCAAGAAAUUACUGGUCUUGGGCGAUGCUCCAGACAAAGGGAACCUUUGGGGUCCUAUAUGGUCCCGCGUGGUGCGAAGACUGACCGAAAAUGGGUACCACGUGAUAACCGUGGACUUGAGGGGGAACGGGGGCAGUGAGGGGGGAAGUCGGAGGGCGUUGGCGCCUCCGAGGGUAGUGGAGGAGCUGGCCACCUUGAUGGUGGCUUUGGGAGUCUCAAAGGAUCAGCCAGCUGUUGUCAUCGGCUUUGGCAUUGGAGGAAUGCUCACUUGGUACCUAGCUCAUUGCUACGGUGUCCUGAUGAGCAAAAUUGUGGUGGUGGGUGCUCCCCAUCCCAACCAGUACUGGCAGAAUUCACCCGCUUCAUUCUGUAAGGGCGCGCUGCAUUUCAUCCAGUGGCCACAUUUCCCAGAAAAAUGGCUGGCCGAAGACGAACUGCGGGAGAGCGAUAAUAAGCGUUGGUCAAGCUCCAGGGCUUGUGACUGGGAAGGCGCCCUUAACUACGUGCGAGGCGCAGCGUGGUGGCGCAUAGAACCAGGACACCGUAUAGUCCCACCAGCUCUGCUCAUUGGCUGCCGCGAGAGCGCCACACAGCUGGUAUCUAGCGCCCAGUACUGCGUCAACUCAGCAUUGAGGCUCAUAGCCAAACCUGACCCCACUGACCCGGAGUUACCUGCUAUUGUGCUGGAGUUCUUAGUCGCUGUAGAAAAAUCGCCAGAAACUGAAUCUCGUGGUCUCGUGGGCCGUAUGCUGGGUGCCGUGGCCGGGAGAGGGAGGGAACUCACAGCCAAACUAGUGCUACCUGCACAGGCGUAGUCUGGGGAUUUGUGUUGUUAACUUAGGCAGCUAUAAGAAAUUCACCUUUCUGCUGCUAAACAAUAUAUCAUAUUGUGUAUAAUAUAGAAGGAUUAGUCGACCACAUGUCAAGUUUCCCUGCUUGGAGCAUGGAACUUCAUGCUUUGGUAAUAGAGGCGAAUUUGGUAUGAAUUUGAGUAGCUUGAUGUGCUGUUUGCGAUACCAGUGUUGGUCGCGAAAUUAGACUGUAACUUUUUUUAGUUUUUGGUUUAAUUCAGUAAAGCCAUAGGUAUUUUUAGGGAUCCGUAUCUCAGAAGGGCACAGGUCUGUAUAAUAGAAUAUUAUUUUGAUGUCAAUUUAUUUUUAGAAUAAAAAUCAGCUUUAAAUUACAAUUUAUUUUUAAUGUUAUUUGGCCAAUUUAAUUAUUUACAAAUUUUUAUAGUUCCUUCGCGUCAAAAUCAAUUAAUUUGGUUGUCAAAUUGAACCAAUCAAGUGUGCAAAUCAAUAAUAUGAUAAGUAAUUUAAGAAUUUUAAAACAUUCAAUUCUUAAUCUUAUGAAGUAAUUAGUGUAUAGAUUUUUUUUUAUACUUUUAUAGAUUUUACAUUUGGUUUGUAAAUAAAACUGCAAUAUAAGUGCAAA